AUGAUCCAGCUUUCACUCAGGGCAGGCCAACUCCUACGAGGCCAAUAUUUUGGAGGAGGUUUUUCAUUGUUGAGCACAUCUCGAUCUACUCACAAUGUUCCAUUUCAAGAUGAUUUGACUCCUUUAGAUGACGAUCUUUUCAACUUGCAAGACUUCCAGGAAUACAAGGAAGCACCUGAUGUGCUAGCACUCAGAAAAAAAUACGGUGCCGAGGAGCAAAUGAUACCAAAAAAACAGAAAACACAUAUUCCCCAAAAUUCUGAGGAAUUACCCGAACAUAAUGCAUCUUCUGACCAACAAAGACUUCUACCCAAAACAUUUCAGGAACAUUGCGAGGCCAAAGAACCGGUAGUGUUCAUUUCGAGGCUACUGAAUCCUUAUCUCAAUCUUGCGCUAGAGGAUUACAUAUACCAUGCGAUGGGUAUCCCUGCUAAGGGAAGUCAGAACUGGAAUAGAUUACUAUUCUACGUAAACUCUCCAUGUGUCGUCAUCGGCAAAAAUCAGAAUCCAUGGAAGGAAGUCAACCUACCAUUACUUACCAAUCUCCGCUUGCCGCUUGUAAGACGUAGAUCCGGUGGUGGAACUGUGGUUCAUGAUAAUGGAAAUGUGAACUAUUCAUUUAUGACAACAAGAGAUAAUUUCGACAGAUUUACCUUUGCAAACCUUGUGAAAAAUGCAGUCAAUUCUUUGGCGAAACCUUCAAAGCACGUGAUGGUUAAUGAUAGAGGUGAUAUAGUGACCAAAAGCGAUAACAAGAAGGUAUCCGGAUCAGCGUAUAAGAUCUCUCGCGGAAAGUCAUACCACCAUGGAACUAUGUUGUUAAAUCUGAAGCUAGACGUUCUUCGUGAGCUUUUACAUAGAGACGAGUCCAAGUUAGGCUCGGUACACUCAUUAGCCGCUAUUUCCUCUGUUAAAUCUCUGGUGACGAAUCUAGAGUUAGAGCUGACCAACUUCAUCGAUGCAGUAACUGCUAUGUUUCAAGAUCUGUACGGCAUUCUGAAAGAUCAAGACGAUGCUGCUGUUGAGUCCGAAGAAGAUUUGAACCAGACGGAAUUGUUGGGCUUGAGUGACUUUGUAUCAGCGUUCACUCCCAAAUCAAGCCUUGUUUUCGAAAUUGACGAGGACGUUAAGCUUCCAGAUGAUAUACACAAAACUAAGGACGAAUUAAUGCAAUGGGAAUGGCGGUUUGGUUCCACACCGAAAUUUCUGCAUCAUUUCGUCCACCCAAGUAGAGAGGUGAAGGUUGAGAUCGAGGUCGGUGCCAAGGCCGCUAUUACAAAGGUAGAAGUUGAGGGACCAAGCAAAGCUGUAGAGUCGUUUCAAUUUCUCAAGGAAGCAGUUGAGAAAGGCCGUACAGUAUUAUAUACUGGUUCAAAUGUUGCUGGCUACGUUCUCGAUGAUGAGUUGAGUGAAUGGAUAGGAGAAGCUAUAGAUGGAACAUCUUAA